AUGAAGCUAUCAAAUAAAACUCAAGCACUUCAAGAUCUAAUCACUCCUGCAGUGCAAGCUUGUGAUGUAGAACUUUGGGGAAUCGAAUUUAUUCCUCAAGGUAAGCGUUCUUUAUUGCGUAUUUAUAUCGACAAAGACGUUGUGGAAAAUGCUGAACCAACAAUCAAUGAAGAUGGUGAAGCAGAAUUGGGUCGUGGUAUUGGCGUACAAGAUUGUGUACGUGUGACGCAGCAAGUUGGUGAGUAUGCUUUAGAAGUAUCAUCUCCAGGUUGGGAUCGACCAUUCUUCCAGUUGGCACAGUUAGAAAAAUACAUCGGACAACAAGUUGCAUUACGUUUGAUUGCUGCAGUUGAAAAUCGCCGUAAAUUCCAAGCAAAAUUAAUUGCUGUAGAUUUAGAAAAUGAAUUCAUUCAAGUCGAAGUUGAAAAACAGCAAGUACUUGAGAUCGAUAGCAACAAUAUAGACAAAGCGAAUUUGAUCUUUCAGGAUUAA